GAAUCUUCAACUUUGCGACAUCAAUUAACAUAAAUUUUACAACAUUUUACAAUUACUCUACUCCGCAAAUCAUCUCUUGUAGCAGGCCAUUCCAUUUCUUUUGUCAAAAGCUCUUUCUGAUGCAUAAUAGAUCCAGUGCAAUAUGUCUACUCCAGAUUCAGGUACCAUAGAUCCUCAAACGGCGAACUCGACGAAAGCCGAUGUCGAAAAAUCUCCAGACAACGAGAACUCAUCAAUCCACGAUAAGACAGAAUUGAAGCAUGCAGAGAUUGACGGGGAGUCUGCAGAAUCUGAGAAAUCAGAAAUCAAUGCGACAUCCCAAGAUUUAUCAACAGGUACAGAAGAGCAAAGCGUCGCAUCAGAUAAUGAUACGGAUUUGAAAGAUAAUCAAAUUGGUGAAAGUAAUCCAAGCGAAAAAGAUAUUGCCACAGAGGGCCCGCCAUUACCAGAAGAACCUCUUCCACCCCUUCCAAAUGAACAACCUCCAGCUGUCGCACAAGAAGAUGAUGGUUGGGCACCAGUCUGGGAUGAGACAAAUCAAGCCUUUUACUUCUACAAUCGCUUUACGGGAGCCACACAAUGGGAUAAUCCUCGUGUUCCAGAGGUAUCGCAGCCUGGUCCUCCAGGCGUACCAUCUAUAAAAUCUGCUGUUGUACCUACAGAAAUCGAACCAACUUCUCGUCCAGCCGGUGGCUAUGACCCUGCCAUCCACGGAGAUUAUGACCCAACUGCCUGGUAUGCGCAAUCAUCGACAGUCGAAGAGUCAGCAGCUGUUGGUUUGGAUCCAACCGCCGCAUACGCAGCAACUGGCCAAUUCAAUCGAUUUACAGGACGUUGGCAAGCUGCAGAGAUAAAUCCAGAGAACUUCAAUGAUGAGAACAAGAGUAAAAGGCAAAUGAACGCUUUUUUCGACGUUGAUGCAGCAGCAAAUAACCAUGAUGGUAGAAGCUUGAAGGAAGAACGUAGUGGCAAGAAGUUAUCAAAAGCAGAACUGAAGCAAUUCAAGGAGAAGAGGAAACAGAAAAAGGAAGAGAAACGAAGAGCGUGGUUGAGGGAUUGAAUAUACCCCGAUUUUUUGCAUGUAUUAGCGUUGCAUUGGGGUUGCACAUGGAUCAAAUCUCGGAGUUCUUGGAUGAAUUUGGGCGGAAGGGAUCCCGGAAACAGAUUUCAAAGCCAAGGAAGGCACAAAUCAAAACCAUAUUAAUCUUUAUGUUCCGCAUAUUUUCUUCUUUCCUUUUACAAGACAAUUGGAACGGCUACCGAACUAUGGAGACUUACCCCUCGAAUACUCCGAGUCCAGCGAUCAGAUUUUCCGAUUGUAUAUUUCCAGGAGUUGCAUACAUGAGGUUCGGACUUUUGCCUUAUUCGUUGACAUUGUACAGCGGUUUCGAAUUUUUGAAUCCACACCAAUAGGGAUGUGAAGCUAUUAUAUUUUUGUUCAAAUGCGCCGCUGUAGAAUAGUCAACUCCAACUCUUUGAACGAGCCAUAGACUACUAUUAUAUUCCACUGUCUGCUAUACAAUGCCUAUUUAUUUUACA